UCGACGGGUCCAAACGAAAAUAUUCCUAACUGAGCGGCCAGUGAGAUCAAAAGCGUUUUAUUGACAUUGUCAGCAUGAAAGAACCGUUUGUGCGGGGACCUCCCAGUUGGCUUCGUCAAUAACACACCCUGCUAAAUGCUGUGUGUCUAUUUAAAACGGAUUUUGGCGGUUUCUGCUGGAAAGCGACAGAUAAGCAAAACGACAGGAAGACCGCAAUACUCUGUAUUGAGUAAUUGUCACUGGUGAAGCGUUGAUUAAGCACUGCUCUGAGUACAUUCUUGCCUGUUUUUCUGUGCUACUGUUGCAAUGACAGAUAACGUGGACCAGGAUCAUCUUCAGACAAGAAAUAAUCUGAUGAGACGUUUCGUUGUACGGGCGUUGCUCGAACUCGAUGCCGAAGUAGCGGAUGGCAGCGACGAAAGGUCGCGAUUGGAUACGUUUAAAGCAGCUACCCUUCUGAAGUUAUUCCCGAUUCGGGGCUCGUUUCACGAUCUGGUGCCGUUCGACAACGACUUCUACAUCAAGCACGUUGUGCCAAAAAUCGAGAAGCGACUCGCCUAUGAACUAAAGCCGCUAGCCGAGGUUGAUCUUGUAACUGAUCAAACUGUAGCCGAAAAGUAUUCUGAACUUUACGACAAGUUGAAGGCUCUGGCAGAUCAGUACAAGAGACUUCUUAGUAAUGUUGGUAACAGUCAACAGCUUCUUCAGGAUGUGCUUCGCCACCAGCAGUGGGCUCUUCGUCAAAAAUUAGCACAGGCCGAAGUUGAUCGGCUGGCGCUCACUUCGGUGAUCUUUGACAAGAAGCUGAUCAAGAUUAAUCGAGACAUCUACAAUAUUUUUUGCUCGUACAAGUUUGAUGAAGCGGUUAAAGUUGUGGAGGAUCAAAUCAAUCGCGACAUCCAAGCCCUCCAAGAAGAAAUUGCCGCUCGGACAAAAAAGCACGAAGUCUACCAAAAAGCACGCAAAGUAUCACCCGAAAUCGAUGUUCUGCUAGAGCGAUACGAGUCGACAGUAACCAGCAUCAAUCAGCUUCGGGCAUAUCAGCUGGAAGAAAACUGAUCAUCUUUUAUAAUAACGAAGCCGUUAAUUCAUUUGUUAUGUAAUAUUGUAAAGCGAUGCUGAAAAGUUGAGGAAGGUUAAACAAAGAAGGAGACUUAGAUGCGGAAUAUUAUAAAUGAAUCACAUUUAUCCCCACUCCUGAAAAAGCGUAUUCUAACGUUCAAAUUACUUCGAGUCAAGGUUACGCAUACAAACAUGUUGAAAAACUACUCGUGUUUUCCGUUGAUACGCGAUUCGGUGUGAAAUAAAAUGAACAGUAUUCUCAGGUUAUAACUUUGAGCGAUCCUGUGGAAAUGAAACGACUAAUAGGUAGAAAAAGUAAUUUGUUAUACAUAACAACUAAAAUAUUUUAUACAUAUUUUUUAUGUAGAGGUAUCACUGUUGUUAUUUAUCAAAUUGUAGGAGGUUCAUUCGAAAUAGCAGUGUCUUAUGUGCUGUAUCCAUUUCAGUGGGCUCAUCGAUUUCUUGGUAGAGAAUUAAAACUCGUCAUUGACAACAAAGUACUGAUUGGGAGAAAUCCAGGUUUCCGCUAAUUGAUUGCUAUUUUCGAUUAGGGAGCAAGCUAAGCCAUAAAAGUUUUUCGAGACAUGCAAUUUGCAAUCUAAUAUCAACAUAUUCUUUUCAGUGACAAAGGCUAUACAAGUUUUAGUUUUUAGAAUGUCUGUAUGAUUUGUGGCUCGCAAAGCCGAGUUUAUAUUACUAUAUCUUGUAUGUUACAGGUCGCUUAUUGCUGCAGUCAUAUCCAAGCACCUGGUGUAUUAGUUGAGCUACAUUCUACAUAAACGAUCCAUAAGUUAUCUACCAUAAAGUCUUGCCAAGCAUGCCAGCUUUUUACAUGUCAACAGCAUAUAAUAAGUCCAUAUUCAUGCAUUUACCACAAGGAAUAGUUUACGUUAUAUUGAUUUGUAAUCAGCCACAUAUUUAAUUGGCGGGUAAUAAUUCUUUAACUAUGCCUGUAAAUAGAAUUCAUAUAGAUUAAUUUUAUGUGUUUAAUGCAUCUCUUGGAAAAACAGCCUCGACUUUGUCCGCCAAGACAUACUACUAAUUUUGAGAAUAAUGUGUUGGACUUUCACUAACGUUCAAGAAUGAAACGUUGAUUGGUGCAUCUCGAGCCUUAUCAUCAAGUUACAAUGUGAACUAAAGUAUUAUUUGGAGUAUCAUAUGUUGGUUGUAUAUCCGAUUUAUACAUGUCCUGAUGAUGGAUACAGACAGUAGAUUAUGGUAAGCAAGGUUCUGUUUUAUAGAUUCGCUUGAGCUUUAAUAGUUGCGAAGAUUCCUAAGAAGCUGCGUAAUGCGCCUUGUAUACGAACUAAUUAGGGUUUUAUUUUGUAAAAACUAAAGGUACAUGUACUUUAUCGUGUUUUUUAUCAUUAGCACGUACUUUAAAAUUGGCUUAUACUGUGUUUGGAUA